AAUGACCAAAAACAUGACAUAGAUGAAGUACUCGAUCAUUUGUUGUUUUAUAUAAUGAACUGAACCAUCUGAAACUAGUUUUGUUUACUUUUUAACACGAGAAUUUUCAAACCAUUAUUGAACCAUGGCUCAAAUACCUACUGGGCUGGUUUCUCAUUCAAAAAAAGUAUGCAACUUCUAUAAACGAGUUAUACGUCAUUUGGAGAGUACGAUUGUUCACUUGGAUGAAUUCAGGUAUCAGGCAGUUCUAAUGAGAGCUAAAUUUGAUGGUAAUAAGAAUGUUAGGGAUCUCAGGGUGGCCAAAGAUAUGCUGAAAGAAGGUGAAGCAGAACUCUUUAGUCAGCUUCAUUAUUCCUAUAAAAAAUUCCCUGAAUCGCCUGGUGGUGUAGCUUAUCAGCGCGAACACCCCGCACCAGAUUGGCUACUCGAUUAUUGGGAUGAAAAUGAAAAAGCUGCAUAUCCUAAGUACUUCGCAACUCGCGAAAAAAGAAAGAAAGAAUACGAAGAAUUUUACGCUGCGCAAUAUGGAAAACCUUCCUCAUCGGCUGGUCAUUGAGAUAAAUUUGAUUUGAAUAGUUAGAUUAAUUAUAAAUUAGUUGAUUGUAAUUGUUAUCAUUGUCAAACAUAUAUUUAUCUUAAAUGAUGCUAAUAAACAAGAUUUCAUUAUCAUUUUGAAUUCAAAAAAGGA